UUCGCUCCCCUUGCCUGUGGGGUGCCACCUCCCUGAGAUGCCCUGGCAGCAGGCGAGGGGAGAGUGGGCUUCCAUGAGCCUGAGGAGGCGCAGGCCUGGCCCGGGCCCGCAGGAAAGGGAGGGAACAUCUCAAUAUGGAAAAACUCUAUAAUGAAAAUGAAGAAAAGCUGGAAAUCGAGGGAAAGCCAGAAGAUGAAGUAGAUACAGAAGAUGAAGGAAAGUCAGACGGGAAAGAAAACCCAGAAGUGGAGGGGAAGCCAGAGCAAGAGGAAAAGCUCCAAGACCAAGGACAGCUAGAUGACGCGGGGAAACAAGAAAAGCAGAGCAAGUCCCAAGGUGAGGGGAAAGCAUGCAGUGAGGGCAAGCCAGAACCCCAGGCCAAGCCAGAGAGCCAGCUGCGAGCUGCCGAAAAACGCCCAGCUGAAGAGUAUGUGCCCCGGAAAGCUAAGCAAAAAACGGACAGGUGGACGGAUGAUUCCCUCAAGGACUAUCAGGAGGACUUACAGAAAAGGCAUUUGGGCAUUGAGGAGAGGAUGAGAGAAUGUGCAGAUGUAUCAAGGGCUCAGGAAGAGCUAAGGAAAAGACAGAAAACGGGUGGUUUUCAUUGGCUGCAAAGAUGUACAGGGGGCCAAUGGGGUAUCAGGGGAACGAGGGGUGGAGGUAGGAGCCAAAGGGGUGUACAUAAUAUCCCAUAUCUUUAAAGCCCUUGGACUUCAAUUCUGAUUUCUCUGAUAAGAAUAUUCCAACCCUGCUUUCCCUUGGGCAGGGAGCGGGGAGGGUAUUUUCCAGGCAAUGUGCUUUAACCUUAAGCUGAUACUUUGCUGUAGGUGUCUGCCAUUCUUGUUACCAGCCACCUUUUGGUCCAAUAUACAGUGCUCUCUGUUUCAGUACUGGAUUUUCAUUCAUGUGCAUGGAAGAGAAGGUCAUGGUACUUUGUAAAACAAUAAAACUGUUU